UCAUUUUUUGAAUAAAAAAUUUUUUGUUCUUUGUUUUCUAUCACCAACUAACAUCUUGCUGAAGCUUUAAAUCUUCCUGUAUUUUGACUUUUAUGCAAUUCUAAUUAUUUAUAUAACAUCCAAAGCUGUUUAUCUAUAUAGGACUAGUCUAAAAGUUAACUAGAAAUAAACUUUUUCAAUUCAUUUGAAUCGAUCACAAGUAUAGCACCGGAAAUCCGGCGACUCCAUACACGUUGUCUCUAGCACAAGGGAAUAGAGACCGUCGCAGCGUUUCUUUCUUUUCUGAACAGGCGCAGUCCUAGAGAACUCGGAAAAGGAGUAAAAGGCUCCUACAUAACCUGUCAAUAUCAAUAUAUUGUAUGAGUCAGAAGGUAGAAAAACCAGUAUUAUCGGGUCAACGGAUCAAGACCAGAAAAAGAGAUGAGAAAGAGAAGUACGACCCGAACGGGUUCCGCGACGCGCUUGUGCAGGGGCUCGAGCGCGCCGGCGGCGACCUGGACGCCGCGUACAAGUUCCUAGACACCGCCGGCUCCAAGCUCGACUACCGCCGCUAUGGCGAGGUCAUAUUCGACGUGCUCAUCGCGGGCGGCUUGCUGCUGCCCGGUGGGUCGGUGUCGAUGGACGGCGACACGCCGAAGACCAGCAUGUGCAUAUUCGCCGCUAAUGAGGACAUGGACACCAUGCGCAACUUCGAACAGGUAUUCGUGAAACUGAUGCGUCGGUACAAAUACCUCGAGAAGAUGUUCGAGGAAGAAAUGAAAAAGGUCUUGGUGUAUCUGAAGGGUUUCGAGCCUCUUCAGCGCAUCAAACUGGCGCGCAUGACCGCGCUGUGGAUCGGUAACGGUUGCGUGCCGCCCGCCGUGCUGUUGGUGCUGGUCAAUGAGCAUCUCCUGAAGGACAACCUGGCGCUGGAGUUUGUCCUGGAGGUGUUCACCACAGUGAAGCAGGAGCGCGGCGUCGCCUCGCUCAUCGCGGCGCUGCGACGAGGACAGCUUGAAGGCAGACUGCUGGAGUUCCUGCCGCUGAACCGGCGCAGCGAGGAGGCGCUGGCGGCGUCGUUCGGCGCGCGCGGGCUGGCCGAACUGCUGCGCCUGCACCGCGCGCAGGCCUCGCAGGAGGCGCGCCGCGACCUCACCGCCGCGCUGCAGGACGACCUCGCCGACGACAAGCCUGUGCGCGACCUCAUACAGGACCUGCGCGACAUGGCGCACAAACACGCCAUACCCGACCACGAGGUCAUCGCCAUCAUCUGGCAGUGUGUGAUGUCCCGCAGCGAGUGGAACAAGAAGGAGGAGCUGCUGGCCGAGCAGGCUGCGAAACACUUGCGCCAGUACACGCCGCUGCUGGAGGCGUUCGCGCAGUCCGCCAAGGCUGAACUGGCGCUGCUGACCAAGGUACAAGAGUACUGCUACGAGAACAUGAACUUCAUGCGCGCGUUCAGCAAGCUGGUGGUGAUGCUGUACAAGACUAAUGUACUGUCGGAGGAGGUGAUCCUCAAGUGGUACCGCGAGCCUAACUCCACCAAGGGCAAGAUGAUGUUCCUCGACCAGAUGAAGAAGUUCGUCGAGUGGCUGCAGAGCGCCGAGGAAGAGUCCGAGAGCGGCGAAGACGAUGAUUAGUUUAAGAGCAGCGAGUGAGACUGACAACAGACACCCCAUGCAUAAUGUUUCCAACACAGACAGACGCGCGCCCCACAAUAAUAAUGUAUAAUAAUAAAGUAAACGUUGGAGCUGCAAGAGGCGGCGCGCGACACCUUUUCUACAGCUGUAUAGUAUUCAUGUCGACUUACAUGCAACAAUGAAUUCAAACCUAAAAUAUUUUUUAUUCAAUUUUUUUAGUAAAAUUCCAAUAAAUGGUGGUAACACGC